AUGUCCAACUUCGCAAGGCUACCUCCCUCCGGCAUCAAGGUGAUCAUUGUCGGUGCUGGAUUUGCUGGACUAUGUGCGGCAAUAGAAUGCAACCGAAAGGGUCAUUCGGUGAUAUUACUCGAGAAAGUUCCUGAACUGAAGCCGUUGGGCGAUAUCAUUAGCUUUUCAUCAAAUUCUGGCCAUAUAUUUGAACGGUGGGAAGGUGUGGUUGAGGAACUUGAACCCAUCAGCCAUCACAGUGAAGGUCUUGACUUUUAUGAUUGGAAAGGAACUUUCGCCACGAGGCAAAUAUGGGAUGUCGAGAAGCAAUGGGGCAGACGCAUCAACGGCCACAGGGGAGAAAUCCACCAUGUUGUCUUCCAGCAUGCCAAAGCGCGGGGAAUUGAUAUCCGACUCGGUCAACAAGUGACGGAUUACUUCGAGACGGAUACCGAAGCGGGCGUGAUUGUGAACGGCGAGAGGCUGGCGGCAGACUGUGUAUUUGCAGCCGAAGGUGUCAAGUCAGCAGGAAGGAAGAUUGUGCUUGGCUUCGAAGACAAACCCAAACCCUCAGGUUAUGCCGUGUAUCGAUCUUGGUUUUCCUCGGACGAGCUGGCCAAGAAUGAAAGGACGAAGCAUUUGGUGGUGAACGGCGAUUCUCAUGCCGGAUGGAUCGGUGAAGACAAGCAUUUCCUGGCUGCAUCAAUAAAGAAUGGCACAGAGUUUAGUUGGGUGCUGACACACAAAGAUGAUGCGGAUAUUGAUGAGGAUUGGCAAUUCCCAGGCGACAAGGAAGAAGUCAAGAGGAACCUGCAAGGCUGGGCUCCAAUAGUCCAUGACAUUGUUGACGCCACUCCUCCAGACCGGCUCGUCGAUUAUAAGCUUGUCUUUCGAGAUCCAUUGCCGACCUUCAUCUCGCCAAAGGCUCGGAUUGCACUGAUCGGUGAUGCUGCGCACCCCUUUUUGCCAACAUCAAUCCAAGGAGCAAGUCAAUCGAUGGAAGACGGAGUGACUCUUGCUAUCACGCUGGAGAAGAGCGGCAAGGACAAUGUCCCUCGAGCCAUCCGCGCAUACGAAGCCAUCCGAUAUGAGCGCGUCCACCGAGCGCAGAUGACAGGCGUCACGACGCGCGAGCAGUGGCACAAGGCCGACUGGGACAAGAUAUGGAAGGAUGUCAAUUCCUUGCACUUGAAGAGGGAAGCAUGGCUUCUGGAUUUUGAUGCCGAGAAACACGCGUACGAGGUUGUCGAUGAUGUGCUGAAGAAGCUCGAUCGAGGCGUGUCGCUAAAGACUGACAGCAUGUCGGAACCGCCAGCUUCUAAUGGAGUGCAGACAAUGCUUGCUCAAGAGAUUGACCAGCUCGCAUAG